AUGGACACGCAGUAUGAUAUACCGCCCGCCAAACGGCGCAAGACGCACAAUCCCCCACCCCGAGAGAUCGGGCUCAUGCGCAAAUCCCACCAGGAGAACGGUUCGGCGACCUUUCUGGGCAGCUCCAGCGGCAUCUACUUCAUCCGCGUCGUCUACAACGCCUUUGCCAGGCGAUCCGCCCAUCUAAACCAGACCCAGCAGACUCCUCCAAAAGACAGCCUCGUCCCGGGCGAGGACGACCAGCUGCAGCAUCAGAGUCCUCGCCGGGAUACCUCCCAGGCGCUCAAACACGACUUGUGGACGCCGCAUGAAUUGGACCACCGCCCAGCAAAAUUCACCCUCGACCAUCUCGUGCAAUGGACCCGCAGCUACUUCCAUCACUGGCAUCCCAUCUUCCCCUACCUCCUGGCGCCGACGUUCCUGCGCACGCUGGAAACGCUCAGCAGCAACGGAUGGUCCAAACUGACGACCCCCGAGGCCAUUCUCGUCCGCAGCAUCAUGUCCAUCUCGCUGAUGGACCGUCGACAGAUGACUGCAUCCGCGGCAUCGGGAGCAAAAAGUCAGCCUGUGCCAGCGUCGCUGGUCUUCCGCACCGUCGACCAGGCCAUGGAGAGUCUGCACACGCUGUUCUGUGACGCGCCCACGAUCCUGACCCUGCAGGCAGCGUUCAGCGUGCAGCUCUUCCUCGCGUCGCUGCUCCGGCUGAACGCCGCCUCGCGCAUUGGCGGCGUGAUCACCCGCACCGCGUUCCAUCUAGGUUUGCACCGCUGUCCCGCGCGGUAUUCGUGCUUUACGCCCGAGGAGGCAGCCAUCCGACGGCGUCUCUUCUGGUCCAUCUACUGCUUGGAGCGGUAUCUCUCCCAGGCUCUCGGAAUACCUCUGAGCAUCCGAGACGACGACGUGGAUGUCUGCUAUCCCAACCGCCUACGCCUCCUCACGCACCUGGCCAAAUUCGCCCGUGUGCGCGGCCUCAUCGUCGAGCUCCGCAACAAGUCCCUCGCGCACACUCAGUCCUCUCCCACCGCGACCCAGAUCAACGGCGAGCUGACGCAGUGGUGGAACGAGGUCUACGAUGAUGUGAAUCUCCUGGAUAAUGACACCCCAGAAGACGACAGCCCCCCUGCGCUUGCCCCGCUGCACCGGCUGCUCCUGAUCGUGCUCCGCCACGAAUCCAUCAUCUCCAUGAACCGGCCGCUGCUGGCCACCGAGCCGACCUCCCCCGAAUACAAGGCCGCGUUGCAGGUGUGUAUCGAGUCGUCGCGCGAGCUCAUCGCCGAACUGCGUCGGCACCUGACCGUUGCACCCGUCGUGCCACUUGUCUGGCCGUCGUUUACGUGGGCCGUGUGGAUGAGCUGUCUGAUUUUGGUGUAUGCGGCGUGGGAGGGGGAGUUUGCCAUCGCUGCUGCGUCGAGGUAUGCUCCCUACUCUGUUUGUGUAUAG